AUGAGAGAUUUUGUAUUUUCAGUUUAUUAUUGUUUAAACGGAUGUUCUUCUUGUAUUAAUGCGAUAUCGUGUACAAAUUGUAUUUAAGGAUAUUAUCUAGAUAACUCUAUUUGUGUUUAAAAUUGUCCUAUUGGGAAAUAUAAAAAUGAUAUAAAUAGAAAUUGUACUUCUUAAAAUGUUUCUUGUAUUUAAGAAUGUCCUAUUGGGAAGUUUAAAAAUGAUUCUGAUAGAACUUGUACAUUAUGUAAUAAUAGUUGUUCUUCGUGUACAAGUUUAAAUCAAUGUUAGAGUUGCAAUUAAGGAUUUUAUCUCGAUAAUUCUGUUUGUGUUUAAGAAUGUUCUGUUGGGAAGUUUAAAAAUAAUUCUGAUAGAACUUGUACUUCAUGUGAUAAUAGUUGUUCUUCGUGUACAAGUUUAAAUAUAUGUUAAAGCUGCAAUUAAGGAUUUUAUUUAGAUAAUACUAUUUGUGUUUAAGAAUGUCCUAUUGGAAAGUUUAAAAAUAAUUUAAAUAAUACUUGUACUUUAUGUGAUAAUAGUUGUACUUAAUGUACCAGUUUAAGUAUAUGUUAAAGUUGCAAUUAAGGAUUUUAUCUCGAUAAUUCUGUUUGUGUUUAAGAAUGUCCUAUUGGGAAGUUUAAAAAUAAUCCAGAUAGAACUUGUACUUCAUGUGAUAAUAGUUGUUCUUCGUGUACAAGUUUAAGUAUAUGUUAAAGCUGCAAUUAAGGAUUUUAUCUAGAAAAUGUUUCUUGUAUUUAAGAAUGUCCUAUUGGGAAUUGUUCUUCGUGUACAAGCACAACUUUAUGCUAAAGUUGCAAUUUAAACUUUUUUCUAGAUAACUCUUUAUGUGUUUCGGAAUGUCCGAUUGGGAAGUUUAAAAAUAAUUCAAAUAGAACUUGUACUUCAUGUGAUAGCAAGUGUGAAAAUUGUACUAGUUUAACUUUAUGCUAAAGCUGUAAUUUAGGAUUUUUUUUUGAUAAUUAGAGUUGCUUAAUAGAUUGUCAAUAAGGCAAAUAUAAAAAUGCAAGUAAUAGAUAAUGUUCAUUUUGUGACAACAAAUGUAAAUCAUGUGAUAAUGGUUUGACUUGUAAUGGCUGUUUUGGAAAUAGAGUUGGAGAUUAAUGCGAUUGUCCUUUGUAUUCAAUCUUUUCAAAUGAUUAUUAAAAAUAAUGUUUUGAAUGUAAAAAUGUGCUUAUUGGAUGUGGGUAAUGCACUAUAAAUGAAUGUAUCUCAUGCAUUCCUGAUUUAUAUUUUGAUUUUAAUUAAUUGAAAUAAUGUGAUUCUUGUUAAGAAUUAAAUGUUUAAAUUAUUUUUAGUAACGAUUUUGAACUAUUAUUUGUUAAUUUUGAUUAUUUUAAUUUAGGAGUAAUAACUAAUCUAAUUUUGAAUAAUUCGAAUUUUUAAAAUGAUUAAUAAAAAUCAAGGUUUUCUUAUUUACUUUGUUCAGAAGUUUUAAAUUAAUAAUUUAUUACAUAAAAAUUAAGUAAUGAUAUUGCCUGUUCUUUUAUUUAAAAUAAGCUUACUAUUAGAUUAAGUCCUUAAAGCAUAAUAAACAAAGAUGAUAUAAUAGUUAUUAAAGAAAAUGUAUUCAAAAUUACAUAUAAAGGAGUAGAAUGUACUUAAUUUAUUUAAAAAAUAAAAGGAAAAAUUAUUUAUGAUUAAAAUCCUUUAAGUCCUAUAAUUACAAUAAAUUCGCCAACUUUAAUUUCGAAAUGUGAUGAAUUAUUUAUUCAAAUUAGUUAAUUAUAAAAUAUAGGAAAAAGAAUUCCUAAAAGUAUAAAUUGGAUAUCAAUAGCUUCAUCUGAAAGUUAAUAAUUUAUAAAUUAAUUGAAUGCAUAAUUAUAAUAAUAAUAAAAUAAUUUUAUAUUAGUUAUUCCAAGUAUGACUUUUAAAGGAAGUAGCUUUUAUCAAUUCGAAGUAUAAAUAGAAACUGUUUUUUAACAAAAGUAAAGUGUAGUUAUAAAUAUAAAUACAAAAAAUGAUAAAUUUAUUGAUUUAUAAUUAGAAAACAGUAAAGAUAUUGUUUUUAGGUAUGAAGAAUUCAAACUUAAAGUUAUUUUUUAUUAUCUAUAAUGCGAUCCUAUAGAAAAAUUAAAAAAAGUGAAUGAAAAAAUACUAUUAAAAAUCGAAUAAAUUAUUAAUUUGUAAAAUAAUUUAAAUAUAAAUUUUGAGAAUUAAACUAUGGAUAAUGAACAUACAAUUAAUAUAUAGCCUUAUAUCUUAGUUUUAGAUUAAUAAUAUGACAUAAAAAUAACUGUCUCUGAUGUUAACAAUAGUUAAAUAUUUUAAGAAAUUAUACACUCAUUUUAGGUAAAAAAAAGCCAACAAAUAGUAAAAAUUUAAGGUUUGAGCAAUAUUUAAUCUUUUUCGAAUUCUUUUUAUGUAAAUGCUUUCAUUGAUAAUUUAGAUUUAUCUCCAAGUGAAAAAGAAGUAUAAAAAAACAAUAACUAUGGUAUUAAAACUAAAUGGAAAUGUAUAACUGCAAAAAGUUAAAGCGAUUGUCGGGAUUAUAAAAAUGAUUUAAUUGUUGACCCUAAUAUGGAAUAAAAUAUAUUGUAAAUAAAAGUAUAAGAAAAAUCUUUAGAAGCCUAUAAUCUUUAUUAUUUUAUUUUAGAAGGAGAAAAAGAUGGUAUCGUAGUUUAAGACAUAUCAAGUUUUAUUAUUUUGGAAUAAAAUAUACCUCCUUUAAAUUCUAUUACAUCAAUAAACGAUUUUUCUUAAAGAAUAAAUUUAAAUUAAUAAAUUUUUGUAUAAUUAAAUUAUGAAGGAAAAAAUAAUUUAGACAAUUUAUUUUUUAGUGGCGCUGUAUUGUAUUAAAACGAUGUGAAAAAUACUAUAAAGUUUUUUCAUAAUUAAGUAAGAUUUUAAACAUGGAAUUAUUUUAAUGAUUUUUUAAAUGAAGAAGAAAAUUCUUAUUAAAUAAGAUUUGCAGUUUUUGAUCCUUAGUAUAUAAUGCCUUCUUUAAUUAUUUUUUCUUUAAAAGCUAAUUUGCCGCCUUUAAAUUGCCUUUUUAAAAAUUUUAAUAAUUAAUAAUAAGAAAUUUUUAGUUUAAAAUAAAAUUAUGUUUUCUAAAUUAAUAACUGCUAAGAUUAAGAUUAGCCUCUAUAUUAUAAUUUCUUUUAUUAUAAAAGUUAAGAAGAUUUUUAAUAUGAAAUUUUAAAUCCGCAAUUUACUAAGAGAUAUGCUCUAAAUGUAAAAUCUACUAUCAGUAGAAUAUCAACGAUUUUGCCGUUCGGGGCAAAAGUAAUCAUAGGCUGUGUAUUUGAUAAUUUGGGUGCGGUUAGAAAUAUGACUUAAAAUGUUGAAAUAAAAAAUUCUUAUGAAAACGUUUAAUAAUAUGUUUAGUUAGUGCAAGAAACUUACAAAAUAAUUAUUUAAAUACCUUUUAAAUAACAAAUAGUUAUUUAACUAU